UAUUACAAACUAAAACUUACCAGUUACAGAAAUCUAGGAACUUUUUGAUAUUUGAUGGUUGUGGCAGAAUGGUUGUAACCAUAAAGAAAUGCUCAUUACAAACUAAUAUGUAAUAAUAAUUACCUUGUUUUUUAUUUAUAUUACAAAAUGUCAGAAUUCCGUGAUUUAAUAAAUGCUGUUGCAUGCUUGAAUAAAAGUGUUUCCAAUUUUCCAAUUGGAGCGAUAUCGAUAGAAGAUUUUAAACCAAUUGAAGAAAAAAUUACAGCCACACGAGAAUUAUUGAAGUGUCUAAAUGCCAAGUUAUUGAUACUUAAAGCACAACAUGAUUUUUAUACAGCAACUGAAGAACCAGUGGAAGAUCUAAGAGACACAGUAACAAAUUUGCACGAAGCAACAGCAAGUUCUCUUAUAACUAAUACAGCGAUUAAACUAUGUCUUCAUUCCCAUAGCAUUCAAGCUAUUUUGGAAGGCAAAGAAGGUAACAGUGAUAUGCAAAGAAAAAUUUAUGCAUAUAUGCGUAAGCUUUUUAGUUUGAACGACAAUAUUUUAAUAAUACAAAAGGAAAUAGACAAUGCGAUAAAGGAGCAGUUAGAAUUAAAAAUUCAAUGUCGCAAUGCAUUGUUUGAGCACAAACAAUUUUUGAAGGAACAGGAGGAAAUAUGCAACAAAAAACUAAAAGAAAUGAACCCUGAGUUAGCAAUAAAUAAGGAAAAAAUAAAUAGAACUAUAAGAAAUAUUAAUAUAAUGCAAAAAUUAAUUGUAAAUUUUAUUGCUGCUUCUAAUCAUAUGUUAUAUAAAGAUCCAUUUUUUGUACAAAUGCUAGAAGAACAUAGAGAGCUAAUUAAUAUUGAAACAGUGCUAAAAAUGUCUCAAAAUAAUUUUAAGAGCAAAGAAGAUAAAAGCAGCUAAAUAUUUAAAAGAAUAAUAUUUAUGUAACAUUUUAUAUCAUUUAUUACUUUUGUACUUUAGCUUGUACUAUAUUUUUUAUGCAACAAUAUUUCAAUUAAGAACAAGAUUUCAAAUAAAACAUACUACAGUACUUUUUAAAUAAAACACUUUUGCUAUUAUUAGGUACAAACUUUUUUGUUAAUGUAAUGUAAAUACUAAGAUCAUUGUAAAGGAUGAAGAAACUUUAAAGCACAUCAUGUAUCAUUUUCUUUUGUUUUAUAGAAGAAAUGUAUAUGAAAUGAAAAUUCUUAAAACAAAAUAAAAAAAACUUAAAAAUUAGAUCUUUUGUAUUCUCUCUAUUUACCGCAUACUAAUAUAACUUGAAGCUUUGGAAACAAGUUCUUUUUCUACAAUAUGCGUUGAAAAAGAGAAUAAAAGAAGCUCCAAAUGUAUAGUCAAGUAGUCAAUUUGCAUAGUCAAAAUAAAAACAUACAAGAAAUCCAGUAAGAACUUCUUUUGUUUGACUAAGUGCGCAGGCACAACGCUUAUUUACAGGAAAAAAUUUUCGCGCAAUUUCAAUGUCUUUUUCAAAUUCUAUUAAAGCGAUUUUUAUCAGACGGUUUUAUGUGUACAUAUAUAUAUAUAUAUAUAUACACACACAUAUACAUAUACAUAUAUAUAUAUACAUAAAUAUAUAUGGUAUAUAUAUAUAUUAAUCGAUAAAUAACAAUUCGUAAGCCAGUGAUUACGAAUUAAAAGAUAGGAUUUCAAUCACAGCUUACAAGUACGAUAGAAAUGUAUUAUGUAGGGGAGAGAGGUGCACAUUUGUUGACAAAACUAAUGAGGACAUGAUCCAUCUUGUAAAUUACAUUAUAUCAUCUAUAUUACGUGAAUUUAACGCGUGAAAUUUUUAUGGUCCGGUGUGUCUUUCAGUCUCGUGUUUUUUCACCAUUAGGAUGCAAACCGCUCUCCACCCCUCGUAUUCCAACGCUUGCUGGCGUAAACACAGAAUCCAUCGGAAUAGUACUCAAACAAUUUAAUUUCUAUGUACAUUAAUCUUCUUUUUUUUUUUAUCUUUAAUAGAUUAUUAGUUUCGUAAGUGGAAAGAAAACGAAUCCACUAAUAGAAUAACAAAAGCACGUUAAAAGUGAACAAUGUCGUUCCAUUAAUAUAAUAGAAUAUUCUCGCUCAAAAACUUCAGACGUCAUUGUCUUUGUGUUUGUAGACAUGUACGAAAUGGACAAAAUAUCUUCGAAAAGCAUCUUCGAUACUUUUAAAUUGUCUCUAUAAAUUAGAAAAUGGAAUAAUUCAUUAGCAAUUUCCAUACUCUUCUUCGUUCGAUUUCGUCACAAAGAACACAUUCACUUCUCACUGGCAUCAUUUAUGAUUACGCGGUAAUAAAAUUAGUCGAUCACUGCCGUUGCGAGACAGUGGUAAUUACUGUAGUAACAAUACAGCUUAGUAAUCGCCAUUAUUGAUAUUGUUUAUGCAUAUAUGUAUAUGUAUAUAUAAUCUGAAGCUGAUACAUGUCCGGAUAUCCGACAUUUCACAUAUUUUAACUUUUCGUGUUUCCGUGUGCGUACUUCUAUAUCCAUUCCAAUAAUUCUUAUUUACAAAAAUGAAUCGUCGCCCGAUUUUUAUUUUUUCUUUCCAUAGCAUAACGUCUCCUCACUAUAUCGAUAAACUUCUCAAAAUUUCUAUAACGUCAUCAAUCACACUCAUUACAUGGGCAUACUAUCAUAAUGCACAUGAGCUGCCAAUUCCAUAUAAAUGGCAAAUAAUCAUCGAACACAAGCUGCAGAAUGCUUUAACAACGAAUACAUGCUACACAAACUUUUAUAAUAAUAAUUAAAACGCACACUGACCGUACAUUAUCUAGAUCAUGUUCGCAGAGCGAAAUGUAUCACGUGAAAAAUUCACUAAAAAAAAAAAAAAAAAAAAAAAAAAAAAGCGACACAUUGAUUAACAUAUUAGCUAGAAUUGAAUGCGCUUUUUUUUCUUUUUAAAUAAAUGUUACUAACAUUCCAAGGCAAAUAUUUUAAAGACAGAUCAAAAUUUAAUAAUAGCUUUACAAACUUUAGCCCUUGCCUUACAAUGAAAACGAAUUGGAAAUACAUGUAAUGGAACAAUUAAAGAAGAUACCAGUUCCAUGCACAGAAUGCACGCAAAAAAUAGUCAGGAUUAAAGAAAUAAUUAAGGAACAAGUCUUGUAUAAUCGAUACAAGAAAAGAAAAUAUCAAGUAAAUUUCUCAACGCAUGAAUAAAAUUAAUAAAUUUCACUUUGUAUUAAUUACAAAACAAACGAUUGAAAAAAGAAACGCAACGGAAAUCACGUAUCCUCUACGGAUUGAUUUGCGAUCAGCUCGAGUCUUGCUGGAACAUGACCGCCUGUCGUUCUCAUAAUUGAAAAACGAACGAUAAGUCGCGAGUUGUAGCAACUCAUUAAAAGCGAGGAAAUGAAAGACACAUACAUACAUUGAUCUCGGUCCGAUCUAUUCGCACCAUUUUACAAAUAUACAAAUAAUCGUUUUCAAACUCAAUCAUUGUUCUAUCAUUAGUAAUGGACGAUCGAAUUCGUCAUUGGGACGAGCAUAACAACCUUUUCUAUACGAAGUACAAGAAUGAAUAAGAAAACAAAAAUAUCGUUAAGAAAAGGGGACAUACAUCCCGAAUAAGAUAAGGAAACAUUUUCUUAAUCGCUCACAACCAUACUUAACCAGCAGUCAGUCGUGUUGUAUUUAAAAACUGGUGACACAUGAAAAAUCGACUAAAAAAAAGACUACAAGCUAAAUUGCAACAUAGUUGCAGCAUAAUCACGCCAACGAUAUGUGGCUGGAUAGCGAUAUAAAUACGGAGACUCUCUCGUUUCCACAAGAUUCACUCGCGCAGUUUUCUUUCUUUCUUUCUUUCUUUCACACGUUCUCACUUUCAUUCUCUUGCGUGUGCUCCCUUCCUCUCUCCUCUCACGGAGAUAACUCCGUUCCUUAAUUUUGGAAUUCAUUACUAAUAUAUACCCUAAUCGCGAAAUUUGGUGUGUGUGCAUAUGUUUGUAUGUGUAUGUUUGUGUCGUAUAUGUUCCAUCGAGAGAUCAUGCUUACAAACGAUACUAGUAACGAAAAAGUAAGAAAACGUAAGAGGCAUUAGCUUCUUAAGCAUUCGAGUAACACGAAGAUUCGUUCUCUUUCCACAUGAAAGCAUACACACUGGAGGACAACGGGAUCUCCUUCCUCUUCUCUUUGUCUUUCCAUCACUCUGGUACUCUGAAUUUGUUCUCUUUCACUCCGCCAAUCGAUACCUCUUUUCUAUGUUUUCUCUAGGUCUUACAUUACCGCGCUCAUUCUCUCCUCUCUUCCGUCGUAGCAUUUGCAUUCGCACUCUUUCGCUGUAUACAAAUCUACCGUCCGAUUGUUCGACAUUUACUUGCGCUGGCAAGCUUAUAAAAGGAACAAUAUUCUCGGUACAUACUCAGUGGGAAGAUACAGAUAAUAACGAGAAAGGAAAUCCACAAAGUUAAUAGGUUUAGUUCUCAUCUCCAUUUAAGCGUAUUACUUCAAGACAUCCGACGGCCAAUAACAGCGUAAUACAUACAGGUGUGAAGAAGCUAGCGACAUAACGUUUCUUUGUUAGUUUCUCUUUUUUUUUUUUUUGUUUUUUCGUUUUUACAUAAAU